AUGGCUACUGCCCCGCCCGCACCAGUCCCCAGUCUGUACCGCUUUGUCUUUCUCUGGCUGGAGCCCGUUUCCACCCUCACAGGCGCCGUCUAUGCCUACUUCUUCCAGCCCAUCUACCUCAACCUCACCCAUGCCCCCAGUGCUCCCGGCUCCGACAUUCCCAUUGCUACAAGCGUCGUCCUAGCCCAGCUAGCCAACUUGUACCUUGGCUUGAGUUUGAUCGAAGCCUCUAUCCUGCGCGCAACCACCGAACUCAAGGUCUGGAACGCCCUCAUCGUCUGUCUGCUGCUCGCCGACUUUGGGCACCUGUAUUCCGUCCUACCCCUUGGCGCCCAUGUCUACUGGGCCUAUUGGCGGUGGAACGCCAUUGACUACGGCAACGUCCCUUUUGUCUACUUUCUCGCCAUUACCCGCAUCUGCAUGCUCUUGCGCCUAGGUUUCCCCAGCCAAGGUGUGAGUGAAGGUGUGAGUGAAGGUGUGAGUGAAGGUGUGAGUGAAGGUGAGAGGUUGAAGAGCACAUGA